AUGUGCAUCAUACAAGUAACCGUCUAUGAUUGCGACCACUCCGCCCGAUCUCUCCGGCACUGUGGGAUCGCCGAGCUACGCGGACGGCCUUGCGUACUUCCUCCCCGGGCACAAGAUUUCCACCUUGGUCUGUGCCCGCGCUGCGAGCGCCUGGGCGGAAGCUACCUAGAUCCAUAUGUCGCGGUUGAUGUGCCUGUGGUGGUCGGACUCGGGUACAGAGCCCCAGUCGGUCUGCUCAAUCCAAGCAUCAUACCCGUUCAUACGGUCGUGGACAACCGCCUCACGGUAUACGAUCCGGGUUAUGUGGAGGACUAUCUCAGCCCCCUGGAUCGCCCAACGCGAACUGCACGCGGUGCGCUUCUUGCUGGCCCUGGGUAUGGGCCUUUCGGAGGUCCUCCGGCGGAUCGGGCUCCACAGGCUCCACAGGCUCCACAGGGUCGGAUGAAGAGUAUGAGGAAGAGGAGCCUGCUGAACAGGCUGCUCCUGCACAACGAGCCGCUCCUGCUCAGCGAGCCGCUCCCGCUAGGCAGACUGCGCCCGCUGGACUGGCUAACCCAAGCAGACAGACCGGGCGAUACAGAAAUGGUGGACGGGGUGGGCGAAGUGGUCAUGGGCCCUCUUUUUGAGGUUGUGGAAGCAAUCUCAGCGACGAAUCUGCCAGCUCUAUGCGCAGUGCAGGUUAACGUAACUUCUUCCGAAUCUUCAUCAUUCGCCUUCGGUUUGUUUCUUCCAGACGAUUGGAACAGCCGCUUCCUCGCCGUGGGCAAUGGCGGCUUCGCCGGCGGUAUCAACUGGUUAGCUAUGAGCCAGUCUGCAGUGCAGUAUGGAUUCGCAGCCAUGUCUACCAACACCGGCCACAACUCGACAUCGGGAGACAUCACCUGGGCGUUGAACCAACCUGAACGGAAGAUCGAUUGGGGAUACCGAGCCAUGCACGGUUCGAUUGUCCUCGCAAAGGAUAUAAUCAGAGCCUACUAUGCCAGCUCCAUCAAAUACUCAUAUUAUUCUGGGUGCAGUACAGGAGGGCGCCAAGGCCUAAAGGAGAUUCAACUCCACCCAGAUAGCUUUGACGGCAUUCUGGCAGGCGCACCGGCAUGGUGGACCUCGCAUUUGCAGCCUUGGACGCUCAAGCUAGGAAGUUAUAACCUACCAGUGAAUGCGUCGCACCAUAUUCCGCCUACGCUUUUCCCUGUGAUUGCCGCGGAAGUUCUCCGCCAGUGCGACGGCUCAGACGACGUAGAAGACGGCAUAAUCAGCGAUCCCGCGAGAUGCAACUUCUACCCCGAGGCCCUCCUCUGCGGUGCGGCCAACCAAAAUGCGAGCAGCUGCCUCACCGCGCCUCAGAUCUCUACACUAUACCAGAUCUACAGCGACUACGUCGAUACGAACCAGACCUUCGUCUUCCCAGCCCUCCCGCUCGGCUCCGAGCCGCAGUGGCCCGUCCUCCUCGGCGGCAGCAGCCCCCACCCGCUCGGUACGCAAUACGUGCAGUACUUCCUGCUCAACGACCCGAACUGGAGGUGGCAGGACUUCUCGUACCGCAUCGUGGAGCUGGCCGAUCAGCUCGACCCGGGCAACGCGACGGCCGACGACUUCGACAUGAGCGACUUCGCCGCGCGCGGCGGCAAGCUGCUGAUGUAUCACGGCCUGGCCGACGCGCUCAUCCCGUCUGGCAGCUCCGAGUACUUCUACAAGCACGUCCUGAGGACUCUCCUGCCGAGGGGCGUCGAGCUCGACCCUUGGUACCGCUUCUUCCUCGUGCCGGGGAUGCUGCACUGUGCGGGCACAGCGGUGAACGCGCCGUGGUAUUUUGCUGGCUCGGGACAUGCCGCGGCGGUGGGAACGGGGGCCUACUCGACGCCGGGAUUUGAGGAUGCGAGGCAUGAUGCGCUCUUAGCGCUGAUGCAGUGGACUGAGAAUGGUGUACCGGUGGAUGAGCUGAUUGCUACGAAGUUUAGGAACGAUACAAAUCCAGCUGCUGGAGUUUUGAGGCAGAGACCGCUGUGCCCGUAUCCGAGACAGGCGGUUUAUAGGGGUGGUGACGUGGAUUUGCCUGACAGCUGGGAGUGUCAGAUGCUCUAUAGCUAG